UCGAUUUCCCUCCACUUACUUAUUCAAUAUUCGCCAUGUUUGCCCGCCUCCACACUCUCUUUGUCGCUCUUUUCUUCGCCAUUCCCCUCCUUGCGGUCGGCACUGCCAUUCCUCGUGGAGGUGACAGUUGUACCACUGGUGAGGUGCAAUGCUGCCAAUCUGUUCAAAAUUCCGGCUCUACUAGCAAUCUCACCACUACCCUUUUCGGACUCAUUGGAGUUGUUGUUGGAGACCUUGGUGUGAAUGUUGGCCUUACUUGCUCUCCUAUCAGCGUCAUCGGCGUUGGAGGAAACAGUUGCUCUGCUCAGACCGUUUGCUGCGAGAACAACAGCUUCAACGGUGUCAUCGCCCUUGGCUGUACUCCCAUCAACGUGGGACUCUGAAGAGCUGAAAGAGGCGGCUCAGUCUUUCAUGGUUGUAUCAUUGAGGGGCGACAAAAUCACGUACUGUUUGGGCAAGAUAUCAGAACACUCAUUUGAAUACCUACUUCUUUCAUAUUGGUUCUUGCUAGCUUUUUUAUAAUAAAUAUACCGCGCGGUUUUUCUUCGUAACAUGGUGUGAAUGACUGAGAGCCCGUAAUUUCGAUAUCAAGUGAAUCGAAAAUUGGAACCUUAGCCGUUGCCGCGAACCGCACACUGCCUGUGCAGUUG